GGCUAGGAAUUCAAUUUCAAUAUGAAACUAUUGCAUUCAAAUUUUGUUAACAAUAUCCCAAAAAACAAAACUAUAAGAGGGGGCAAGAGGGCAAAAAGAGUGGAGAAAAAUUGUGCAAUGGGUAAUUAAUUUGCAAAAUAAUGCAAAGAGCCUGCUCUAAAAAGUUCCUAAUCCUACAAACAAAAACACCACUCCUUCAAAAAUCUGCCACCAUUCACAACGCCAGCAAUUUUCAGCCAUGUCCCACAAUCGCCGAUCAAGAUCCAUGGACCAGCCUCCGAGCCGCUUUAGCCGAAGCCUUUCAGGCGAAGCCAAAUGGCUACGCUCUGGUUCAACUGGUUCGAGCCUGCACGAGCCAGGCCUGCGAUUUCUGCGGCCACCAGCUCCACAGCUACAUUUUACGAUCUGGGUUUGCCUCUGAUGUCUUCGUGGGCACAGCAAUGAUCAGUUUCUACACAAAAACCGAGUCAUUGGAUAAUGCCCGUAAGGUGUUCGAUGAAAUGCCUCAACCAAGUUUGGUUUCUUGGAACUCUUUGAUUUCUGGGCAUGUGCAAUGCGGGCAGUUCCGCAAGGCUUUGUCUCUGUUUAUUCAGCUUGAUGGGUCUGAAAAUCUUGUGGACGCUUAUUCUUUGUCUGCAGUUUUGGGUGCCUCUGGUCACCUGGGUUGGCUGCCAAUGGGACAGUCGAUUCACUCAAAAGUUGUAAAACUUGGUGUGGAAGAGAAUACCUUUGUUGCUAAUUGUUUGAUUGACAUGUAUGGCAAAUGCGAGUCUUUUGAAGAGGCAGUUAAAGUAUUCAAUGGUAUGGUUGGUAAGGAUACUAUUUCAUGGAAUUCUGUUAUUGCAGCCUGUGCUAGAAGUGGGAGGUUAGAAGAGGCGUCGAGAUAUUUGCGACAGAUGCCUCGACCCGAUACUAUUUCGUACAACGAACUGAUAAAUGGUUGUGCUCAAUUUGGAGAAAUUGAAGAUGCUGUGGAAAUUUUGUCAAAGAUGGAAAGCCCCAACUCUUCUUCUUGGAAUGCUGUGAUAACAGGGUAUGUUGAUAGAGAUGAGGCGUGGAAAGCUUUGAGUUUCUUCUUUAGAAUGCACUCAUGUGAUGUCGGGAUGGAUCAGUUCACAUUUUCAAGCGUUUUAAGUGGCGUUGCAGGGCUAUCAACUUUGACGUGGGGUUUGUUGAUUCACUGUUGUACAAUUAAAUGUGGCUUGGAUACAUCGACUGUCGUUGGUAGUGCCUUGAUCGAUAUGUACUCAAAAUGUGGGCAAGUGAACUAUGCUGAAUUGAUAUUUCAGCCAUUGCCCAAGAAGAACUUGGUAUGUUGGAACGCGAUGAUCUCGGGCUUGGCUCACAAUGGCAAGACAGUGGAAGUGGUCCAUCUUUUUGAGAAGCUAAAGACAGUGAAGGACGAAGAACCUGAUAGCAUCACAUUUCUUAACGUUCUACUUUCGUGUUCGAAUAACCAAGUUCCAUUAGAGACCUCAAUGCAGUACUUCAGAUCAAUGAUGGAGGAUUAUGGCAUCAAACCAACCAUUGAGCACUGUUGUACUAUGAUCAGACUAAUGGGACAGAGAGGGGAUGUAUAUGCAGGUAAGAGGCUGAUACACGAAAUGGGGUUCAGUUCGAGCGGGUCGGUCUGGAGAGCUCUUCUGGGUGCUUGUGGCACUUGUAGGGAUUUAAAACUAGCAAAGGUAGCGGCUGCAAAGGUAAUCGAAUUGGGGGCUGCUGAUGAUUAUGUACAUGUUACGAUAUCUAACAUAUUAGCAUCUCAUGGAAAAUGGAGAGAUGUGAGAGAAGUUAGAGAGCUGAUGAGGAAGAAAGGGGUCAGAAAAGAAACUGGGUAUAGCUGGUUGAUUGGGAUGGAAAACUAAAUUUCUUUGCCAAACCAUGUAUGUCGAAUUUGACGAAUUGGAAGCUAAUUUGGAAACAAGUUUGCAGAUUUUGAAUGUACUGACUAAGAUCA